AAAAGCGCGCGAAUUCAGUCGUUGACAGGAGAACGUUGCGCGCACUCUCACUUUCGUUCGAAUACUCGUAGGACACAUACAACAAAAAAGUUUUUAAGUGAAACAAAAUGCUUCGUUUAUUUUUUAUUUUUAUAUUAAGUUCAGUGCUCGCGCAGAAUUCAUUACCUGACGACUUCUCGCGGUGUCGACAGAGGGACGCUGGCCUCAAUGACUGCCUCAAGAUCGCCGUGCCGGACGCGCUGAGGAAGAUGAGGAAAGGCAUACCAAGUCUGUCAGUACCGCCGCUGGAGCCGCUGGCGGUGUCCGGUAUGAACAUAGACGCUGGCGCAGGGCCGGUCGUGAUCACGCAGAACUAUAAGAACAUCCGGUUGCACGGCUUGACGGAUUCCGUGCUGACUAGCUAUAAGGCUGAUUUAAAGCACUACAGAUUACGCACAGACUCCAUAACCCCCAAAAUGGAGUUCAUAGCUGACUACAUCAUGAAAGGGAGGAUUUUAGUUCUGCCCAUACAAGGGAAAGGCAUCGCUAAUGUUACGAUGGUUAACUUGGUGGUCAAGCACGAUUUAAUAGGAGAACCAGUGGUAAAAGAUGGAGAGACGUAUAUGAGAAUUCGCGACUACAGAGUCAAAUUUAUCCCACAACGAGUAUAUUUGCACUUCUCUAAUUUAUUCAACGGCGACAAACGGCUCGGAGAUCAAAUGAAUUUGUUCCUCAACGAGAAUUCGGAUUUAGUUUUUAAUGAAUUGAAAGAUUCCUACGAGAAAAGCCUGAGCUCAGUUUUCCAAGACGUCACAAAUAAAAUAUUCAAUUCUGUGCCAAUGAACAAAAUAUUCCCAGAGGAUUAGAACUGUGAUAAAUAUUAAUAUUACACGUGAGGUUUAGGUGCUCAAGCUUAGUUUUUAGAUAUCAAACUAAAAUAGGUACUAAUCAUGGCAGUUUACCUGCUAACUGUAUUUAUUAAACUGCUUUAAUUACAUGUAAAAUUAAUUUGUAAGAAAUAAAAAAC